AUUUACUUGCUUUCCGAUUUACAGGGGAUACCACGAGUGAUGUGACGCACUUUUUUGUUGUACUUACGUGACGCCGAAAAACAUGUUGGGAGUCAUUCGUGGUUCAGCUAAAGCACACAGUGCUUUGUACGCUGGCCUUUUCGCUGGAAACGUCCUCUGCAACAAAUACGUUCUUUCAGAACUUGAGUUCACGUAUCCGACGAUAUUUCAAGGUUGGCAAGUGUUAGUUGGUGCGUGUUUCCUGAAAGGAAUAGCCACGUGCAGUGGUACUGCUGUUGUGAAAAGUUCUUUGGACAAGCCCGGUUUCAUAAGUCUCCUGCCGACUUUCCUUCUGUUCGUCGGUACUCUCGUCGCUGGAUCAAAGGCGUUGGCGGUUAUUGAAGUCCCGCAGUUCGUUGCUUGUUUGAAUCUUUCUCCUGCAUUGAUUUAUUUAUUUGACGAUGCCCCGAAGUUCCGAAAUUCGCAAUGUGGAGCUGUGGUUGCGUGCGCCGUGGUGGUGCUGAGCACUGUUGGGCUUGUGGUACUGGAACUGGAAAUGACAUUUUCUGACUCGCCGUACUUCUGGAUGCUUAUCUGUGUUCUCUGUGCAAGUGUACAUAUUGUGCAUGGAAGGAUAGCGGAUGCAAGAUUUGAGCCUGUGGACCGGCUUUAUUAUUCAUACCUUGUUGGAGUGUGCUUACUCGCCCCUGCAAGUCUGUAUUUGGAUGAGGCUUUUCAGGCGCUCAAUUUUGCGAAGAAUUCGCGGUUCCAUUUUUUCGUCGGCUGUUUGGCAUCGGGUUUCUUCGGUGUGACUUCCUGUUAUAUCGCAGCAACGCUAACCCCUACUGGUGAAGAAGCACCAGGAACGAACGAUGGAUCUGAAUUUAUGGGAAUUUUUCAGAACGUGGGAAAAUGUUUGGCAGCUCUUCUCAGCAUAUUCGCAUUCCAGCAGAAAGCAGCUGUGACUGGUUGGAUACUCGUGUGUGUGAUGUUUAAUUUGAUCGCUGGCUUUUUCAUCCCUGUGCCAAAGGACCCAACUGCGGAAGUUGGGUUCAAACCGUUGCCAACUUUUGUAUCGUCGCCGGAGUGACGUUGACUACAGGGUCUAUUUUUUUUUUUAAAUUCGGAUUUGACGAAAUGCUGGAAUUUAAAUCUUGACCGCAAUUUUGUAUUACCAUGUUCGUCGAUAUCACCCUGUAAUUUUGUUCUUGCUCCAUGAUUAGCAUCUCCACGCAUCUCUGAGCUUUAAGAGGCUAGAACUGCGCAGCAUGUUCGCGAGGAAGAAGAUCGGGAAAGCAGGUAUUUUUUUAUUUAGAUUUCUUGACGCACAGGAUGUGAUUGUUUCAGGAAGCUGGAAGCGUGAUAUGAUUUCCUUGGUUGCCGCGGAUCUUCCGGGUAGACGAAUGGGUUGUUUCAAAUCGUCGGACGACUUGAGCAGCGAUGCAGUUUUUUUUUUUGGUGUGUUGGUUCAUUUUCUGAGGCUGUUGUAUCCCGAGCGGGUGAAGGGAAUUUUCACUUGCCGAGGUUAGGGGAUGAUCAAGUAAACGGAACUUUCUUGCCA